AUGUUGACCUCGUCCGUGGCAGUGCUCCCGCCCGCGCUCUCCUCUUUCCCUCUCCACUCUCGCGCUCGGACUAGACCUCUCGUCCCAAAAUUUCCUCGAGAGAAAUUUCCCCGAGCUCUCGGAAAACGAUUACCGUCGGCAGGGCCAAUUCAGAGCGGGCACUCGGGCAGAACAUAUCGCAUAGGCCCCCUCCCUGGACUCAUGACACUUAUAGACCGGCUUGCUGGCCGAAUUCUCCUCACUUCUGUCUUCUAUCAGGAAUGCGCCCAGCUUCCCGCCCGCAACCAACCCCCUCCCCCUCCGUCCCCUUCCCUUCCUUCUCCGCUCUCCUCUCUCCUCUCUGCUCCCACAGUGGCUGGCUGGCUGGCAACUCUCCUCACCUCACCGCAACAACCCUUUCCUUGCCUGCCUGCCUGCCUGCCUUCCUCCUCUCUGCUCCUGCCUUCCUUCCUGCGGCCUCCCGGCUCCGGCCUCAAACAUUUAGGCGAGCGUGAUGAUUCGGGCGGGCAGCAGCAGGCAGCAGCGGAAACAAAAGCGAUUGUGCUGCAGAGUCUGUCAUCUUGCUGGAUCUCUCUCCUUCUUCCAUCCCCGGCUCGCGCAACGCCCUCCUCUCGCAGGUACACGCUCCGGCCGCAGCCAGCGCUCCCCGUCUCUCCUCUUCCUCUUCUGUCUUCUUCUUCACCUUCAUCAUCCCCAUCGUCACCCGUCCCGCUCCCCACCCUCCACCCUCAAAUCUCAACGUCAAACCAAAAAUUCUCUUCCCCCCGUCCCAUUCCCAGCUCCCAGCUCCCAGCUCCCAGCUCGAGCGAGCAGCAGCAGAGGGAAAAAAGAGGGACAGGCGAGCUCCGCUCCGCUACGCUAAGAUCCUACGCCGGGACCAAUAAUUCCUCCGCUGGCUCUUUCGCGGAUCUCUCUGCUCCUCCCACUCCUUUCCCCCCUCCGUCGCGUGGCCAUCAAGAACAACAAGCCAGGCCUGCCUGCCUGCCUGCCAUCAAGCGGGCGAGGCCCACAGAGAGAGAGCCAUGGAGAGAGAGAGGGCCGGGGGGGGAGAGAACAAACGAGGCGCAGGAGAGGGACCGAUGGUCAAAGACGAGGGGCGAGCGAGCGACGAUCGUUCUCCAUCGCCCGCCCUUCGCUCGGUCAACUUCACCGGCGGGCCAACGUCGUCGGCUCCCGUGCCCCCGUUUGCAUCCGGGCACUUGCGACCGCUCGAUUUCCCAUCCGACGCCGAGCUGCCAGAUACGGACAUUCGAUAGUGUCACUACUACAAGCACCACUCUAGCAUCGCAUCACAUGCCCGGCCGCUGA